AUGAUCGUUGAAAUCGUUAUAUUUCUCAUCACGGUCCUUGUGGGCUAUUUUCUAUAUCUAUAUAAAUGGGUGCAUAAGUUCUACGAUGAGAGAGGGGUGAAGUAUAUACCUGGUGUUCCUCUAUUUGGUAAUAUAUUGAACAGUACGUUCUUGAAGAACCAUCUAGUUGAAGAUAUUGAUAGGGUCUACAAGGCCUUCCCUGAUGAAAGGUACGUUGGCUAUAUAGAAGGAACAGUACCUAUUUUUCUAAUCAGAGACCCUGAACUCAUAAAGACAAUAACCGUCAAGGAUUUCGACCACUUCGUCGAUCAUAAGCAGUUUUUCUCAGAAGAGAACGAGCCCCUUUUUGGUGGAAGUUUGCUUAUGUUAAAAGGUGAAAAAUGGCACGACAUGCGGACUACGCUGAGUCCUGCCUUCACCGGAUCUAAAAUGCGUCGCAUGCUUCCCUUCAUGACAGAGAUCAGUUCCAACAUCAUUCAACAUUUACAAGAUCAUACAAACGAAGACAUCGAUGUAGAAGAUCUAAUUCGUCGUUACACCAACGACGUUAUCGCCUCAGCUGCCUUUGGACUUCAAGUGAACUCGUUGAAAGACAGAGACAAUGAGUUCUACAAAACUGGACAAAACAUGUUUAAUUUCAACAUUUUUCAACGGUUUUUCUUCUUCAUGACGGCCGUUUUCCCAAAUUUUAGUAAGAAAUUGGGCUUACAAUUAUUCCCCCAAAAAACGACGAAAUUUUUCAGGGACUUAGUAACCGGUACCAUGGAGCAUCGGCGAAAGAAUAAUAUAGAACGUCCCGACAUGAUUCAACUUUUGAUGGAGGCUGUUAAAGGAUCUUUAAAAGCUGAAAACGAAGGAAAUGACAACUUCCCUCUCGCCGAAGACACUUUCAAACCGAAAGCGGUGCAACGACAAUGGACUCAAAACGAACUGGCUGGUCAAGUAUUUAUAUUCUUCGUUGCGGGCUACGAGAGCUCCGCAACAGCCCUAGUGAUGUGCGUGCACGAGCUCGCCUUACACCCUGAUAUUCAGGAGAAAUUGUACCAGGAAAUAAUAAGUUUUAAGGAGCAACAUGGAGAUAUUACAUAUGAUAACUUAAAUACUUUGAAGUACUUGGACUGUGUUUUGAAUGAAACAUCUAGAAAGUGGGCGGCUGCUCUAAUAAUGGACAGAAUGUGCACUAAAGCUUAUGAGCUGCCGCCGCCGCGGGAAGGAGCUAAGCCCGUACAGCUAAAUCCAGGAGAUGUCGUCUACAAUGUAGUCAACUCUAUCCACAUGGACCCUCAAUACCACCCGGAUCCUGAGAAGUUCGACCCGGAAAGGUUUUCUGAAGAGAACAAACAUAAUAUAAAGCCUUUCACAUACAUGCCUUUCGGUAUGGGACCACGAAUUUGUAUCGGAUCCAGAUUUGCGUUAAUGGAACUCAAAGUAUUGAUAUACAAUUUAGUUCUUAACUUCAAGAUAAAAAAAUGCGCUAAAACAGUCGAUCCCAUAGAGUUGCAUCCACAUGAGUUUAACAUUAAACCAAAGGGAGGGUCGUGGGUUCAAUUAGAACGUAGAAAU